UAUGUAGACUACGUGAUGACGUUCAUACAGAAAACUGUGAAUGAUGAAUCGAUAUUUCACACCAAGUUCGAUAAAUCCUUUCCCAGUUCCUUUGAAUCCAUGGUGAAGAAAAUCCAUUGUUUGCUGCUGCACGUAAUAGCUCACAUUUACCAGGCCCACUUCAGAGAGAUACUUCUCCUCAACCUUCAUUCCCACCUCAACACCCUUUUCUCCCACUUCAUGCUCUUUGCCCAACAGUUUAACUUGUUGGAAGCGAGUGACACCGAGGUGCUUCGGGAAUUAGCUACAGUCCUGAAACUAUACUCCUUGGUGGACCCUGGAACCGAGACACCACCCAUUCUAAGGAGUAUGAAACCAGUUCUCCUGGACAUGAGAAAUCCACUGACAAAGCAACCUGUGAUUGAGAGCUCAGCAAAGUCCGUGGCUCCAGAAAAUGAGGCAUUAGUUAAGACAGGAAACAAAAGAUCUGUCUCAUCUUGCGUCGUUGUGCAGUCCGUAUCUUUUCCUUCCUUAACGACCUUACACAGACGCAUUGGUUCUGGCGGACACUUAUUUGCUGUAUUUGAUUUAUAA